AUGGUCGUGCACGUUCUGGACAACUUCUACCUGUCCAUCACCUUCCUCAUCUCGCUCGGAUGGCAACUGCUCGGCUUCGCUAUCGCCUUUGGCCUUCAGAUCGACACCAUCACCGACUUCUGGUCGGCCGCCAAUGCUAUCUUCCUCGCCAUCUUCACACUCUGCUGCGGUGACCAGUACUAUGCACGCAACGUCAUCGCGAGCAUCUUUGUCAUCAUGUGGGGCGUCCGUCUCGGCGCCUUCCAGCUGUUCCGCAUGAUCAAGAUGGGCGGAGACACGCGCUUUGACGAGAUGCGCUCCAAGCCGCUCAGCUUCCUCGGCUUUUGGACUUUCCAGCUCGUCUGGGUGUGGACGAUCACCAUGCCUGUCACCGUGCUCAACUCGCCCAACUCGAGCGAUCCUGCUCAAGGCGGAGGAAACGCUCGAUUCGGUAACGGAAAGGACGUCGUCGGAAUCAUCUUCUUCGCCGUCGGUUUCGUUGCAGAGGCACUUGCGGACAUCCAAAAGUACAGGUUCAAAUCGGUCACCAAGCCACCCAAGGGUGCCAUCACCGACGCUGGUAUCUGGAAGUUCUCUCGACGACCCAACUACUUCGGCGAGAUCAUGCUGUGGUGGGGUGUCUGGCUCCUCGCUCUCGGCAACUCGACAGAAGCGAACAAGCCUGGCCACGAUGCCCUCUACGGCUCCAUCUUCUCGCCUCUGAUCACCAUGGCUCUUCUUCUCUUCCUCUCCGGCAUCCCGCUCGCCGAGAAGCCGACGCAGCAAAAGUAUUUCCUCAUGUCCCACGGUCCCGACAAGUCGUCGGAUGGGUUGGAGCCUUGGCACGAACAGACCGAGACCGAUCCUUGGGAGAGGAUGAAAGCCUUCCGCCAACGCACCUCGCUCCUCGUGCCUUUGCCCAACGCCUUCUACAAGAGGCUGCCAAAGGCGGUCAAAUCGACGCUGCUGUUCGACUUCCCCUUCUACAACUUUGACGAAGCCAAGGACGGCACAAAAGCCAUCAAGGAGGCCGAGGACAAGAAGAAUAGCGACGACAAUGCUUGA